AAACGAGAAAUGGAACCUGACCGCAGGAGACAAUACAAGGAGGACUUAGAAAAGCAAAAACGUGAACAAGCUUUGAUUAAGAUGAAGAGAGACUAUCCCAACAAACUCCCUCUUACCAAUAUCUCACCUCGAAGAGCGGAGGCAACAGAUCGCAAGGAAUACCAAAGCCAAAUCGAUGAGAGGAAACAGAAACAGUUCAGUAAGAUGUUGGCCCAACAACCAGCAGUGAGAGAUGUCCGACCUCAGAACACACAGCCCCGACGUAGGUCGCCCUCACCAGAAUUCAGUGACCCAGGGAUGCAGCUCCAGGCUGACCGUAUACGAGCAAGGAUAAGAGAUCUACCUACACGUCCAGAAGAAGUUGAAGAGCUGCAGCGAAGACAACAACAACAAGAUGCUCUAAAGAGAGAGUUGGAUGAUUUUUCACCACGUAAUUCAUAUGAGGAGCGAAGGCCGCCUGUGGACCUCAGUCCUAGACUCGAUGACUAUGGCCCAGGCUUCUCAGAUAGAUAUCCCCCACCCCAGGAGGACUACAGACAGCAACCACAGAAACAGAAUACAGGGAGAAGGUUGAAAAGAGAGAAGGAUGAGGGACGCCCUAUCACUCCUGGUGGUCUCCUGAAUAAACUAGGGGUAGAACAACAGCAGCGUAGCAACAAACUGAACGAUGAACGGAAGAAAGAAUACAACCAGCUCCUAACAGAGAGAGGAGGCAAGCCCCGUCGACCAUCCUCUGAAAAGGGCACACGAUACACAGAGACACCACCUCGGACACAAGCUCGGUUUGAGGAUUCCGGUCCAGAGAGUUUCAGUGGAGGACUCCCAGGGCAGUCAGCGGCACAGAAUGAGCAGAUGCGGAAAAGGGUGGAAAGAAAUGACGAAUACAAUGAAUUUUUGAGAAAUAAAGAGAAUGAAAGAUCCAAAUCUGCGGAUAGGCGCCCUCCUCUGCCCAGGGAAAGGGAACGUCCAGUAUCUAGGCACGGAAGGAAUUCACCGUCAAAUGAGGAGGUUCCUAGGUUAGACCUUGAGGGUAGAUCCCAACCACCUCGACCUACACCUCGCCGUAAACAAAAGCAACAGGAGAAAUUUGAGGCCUCACUGCCUGGCCUAAAGACCAACUCUGCUCAGAAAAGACGUAAAGAGGAGGAGAGAAAUAGGGAAUACAAUGAAAUGUUGAAAAAGCAGAAAGGCAGAGGUAGGGGGCGAGGCACCCCCCGGGAUGCACCCCCAGAAACAAGACGGGGAUGGCAGACCCCUACCUAUGAUGAGAUUCUGGAAAAGAAACGCAGAGAAGAACGACAAUACAGGAGACAAGAGGACCCUUAUGGUGACAAUAGGGGCAUGAGACCUUACGCUAGUGAGGGGGCCAUCAAUAGAAUUGGGAUAGAUGAUGUGAAGAUGAGGGACCUGGAUCGAGAUUAUGAGCAGAGGAGAGUGAGAUUCCAAAAUGAUCGUGCAAAGGAACGAGGCAUCCUAGACGAUGAUAAUUGGUUAAGAACAGAUGCAGCCAAAGAACAGGAAUAUUCCAAAUUGGUCAAAAAGAUAAGCGGUCCAGAGCGUAAGGCUUACUUGGAUUCAAAGUCUGACUCAGAACUUGAAGAGAACUUUAGAUAUCGCCAUAGAGACAGUGAGGAACCACAGGAACCACCUAACCCUCGUAGAAAGGAUAUGUCGAGGCCUCCUGGGGAUUUCUUUGCCACACUUCCUCUAGGGCAAGGAGAGAGAGAUAGUGCCAACAAGAGGAGGAAGCUGAAGUAUCGUGAUGAACUCCAUCUUCAGAUGCGUGAAAAAGUGGCCAGCAAAGAAAGAGAAAAGAGAGAAGGUUUGCUUGUUUCAGCAACAGGACAUCUAGAUCCUGAAAAAAAACCUGUCAGAGUUAAACCCCUUGGUCCACCUGAAGUUUCCCCACGCCGAAGGAUAAGAAGUCCUGAAGUCAAACCAUAUCAUAUCAAUAUUGUACAGCAACGGCAGGCGCCUCGUGGUGGUGGAUAUGAUCCAUCAGGUGACUUCGGAUUGGGAGGGGGUGUGUCCUUUGGGGCUGAGAGUUCAGCACCACGAGGGCGUCGGAGAGAUCAAGGAGGAUAUGAGCCAUCAGCCUUUCUAGAUGGAGGAGGAUUUGACACCAGUCUGUUGGAGACACGUAAACCCAAGGGUUUAUCACUUCCUCCAGGGCUACAGUAUCAACCAACUACCUAUAUCACGGGUCAGGAUAUCGGUGGUAUCAACAGUCAAAACUCUAUAGACGAUGCGUACAGAUUCUACGGUAUGAGGAACCCACUGGACCCUGAACCCUCAGGUGGUGGAUCUACUACUGUACCUCCUCUGAAUCUUGGUGGAGAGGGUCAAGGAUUUCGAGGACGUAGCUCCCCCAGGGUGACUUUUGAUGAGAGCCACCGUGGAAUCCUGAAGGAUAGUGCCCGACGAACUCCUCGACAUAGAAGUCCAGGUCGAACAACUCCUUACCAGUUUGAUGCUGAUCAAGAAGAUCGCGAUACCAAAAACUUUAACAAACGGGAAUAUGCUAAUGAGCUAGCUAGGCAGAUGGAGUUGGACAAGUUGAAGAAAGAAAGGCAAAAGCAAGAAAAUCAGCUGUACGAGAAGAAGAUAGAGGAGGACAUGCUCAACUAUAACCCCUUUGGCCGGUCAGGUGGUGGGGCACCUAAUGUUGAUUCAAGGGGUCAGCCAAUAGCUGAUCUGCGACAGAUGAAGAGGAGAGUUGAUGACCCUUCAUACACACCACCUCCUCGUGAAUCACCACGUUUUAGGGCACCUGUGUCACCCAAAGAUGAUCUUAUACCUCCUCCUCCAGCUCAGAUCAAUGCAGAGGGCGAGUCAACAUAUGCUCUUGGUGGUCAUGGCAUUUUCGGGAAUCCAAGAACGGAGGAGGAAAAGUCUAAGGCAGACAAAUACAAGGAUGACUUAAGGUUACAGAUAUUAGAAAAGAAACGACAGGAUCAGUUAAAGAAAGAACAAGAGAAAAUUGAGGAGGAGAAAGAAAACCGACGCCUGGAGGAACAGCGACAGAGGAUACAGAGGGACUUUGAUGAGGAACAGAGGAAGAAGCGAGAAAAAGAGGAAGAGAAUCGCAGAAAACAGGAGGAACUUAUCAGGAAAAAUGAAGAAAAACGCAGAGAAGCUGAACGAGCUAAGCGUGAAAAAGCUGAGAUUCGUCAGAGAGAUCGAGAGAGAGAAUUAGAUGAACAGAAGAGAUUUGAGUCGCAACAACGUACAUCCUCGCCACCAGUUCCAUCUUUGCGCAGCAAACUGGCCACCGUGGAUGGAGAACCGAAAAGUGGAGAUGGGGGUGAUGCUAGAACAGAUUCGCCGCCUGUUCCCGCCCAAAGGACCCAACAGGAACCGCAACCAAAACCCAAGGCAAGGCCUCCACCAGAACCUCUACAGAGAGCUAACAGUUCAGAGGUCCUGCGGGAGCUAGCUAACAUGAGACAGCAGCUGGAGAGUGAACGAAAGAGAGUGGAAGGAGCCCUCAACAAACAAAAGAAUGAACCUGAGGUGUUUGACCCAAGAUUAGUACAGAGACCCCCACCGAAAGAAGUGGAUGUAUUUGAAAGAGCUACCCAAGGCAAUGCCUCUGUCCCACAGAGGGUUUCAGACAAUGCUAAUCCAAAGAAUAUACAGGAGUUUCAGGACCUGAAGUAUAAAGGUGAUACAGAAUCACGUCGUGCAUUUAGAAGUAUGUUCCCAGAGCAGCCAUACACAAACACAACCCUGGAGUCACAGCAGGACGCCAUGCUGAGACAACAGAAUGAACAAAUACGCACACUUAAAGACAGAAGCUACGUCCCGCCUAAUGACCUAGGUAUGUCUGCGCGCCAAGGCACCGGCACGCCAAGAUCUCUGCUCCAGGCCAACACAGCAUUCAUAGAUGUAGAAAACGUUAAUCACUUCCCAGAGGACUUUGACGACAUGCCCAAAAGGAAUGAUUCUGCACGUCUCAGGAGAAGGGAGCGUGUCACACCCCUGCAUGAUCUAGCUGGCCCGUCCAAUGUGAUGGGAUCUGUGUCAAGUCUAGAUGUUGACGGACUGCAGAGGAAGAAUGAUGCAAGGAUUAGACGCUUACAACAAAUAAAUGCUGAUGAGGUUUCAAUGACAGAUCCUGAUGAAAUUCUGGAAAACUUCAUGGCCAAACAGAGAUAUAAUAGGCCACCAUCAGGACAAACUCUCCAGGAUGACACGUGGUUACAACCAGGCAACAAACAGUUAUAGCAGCACCUGCUCUAGUGUUUAAUACAUAUUUGUUUUUAAUACAUGUAUUUAAAUACAAGGAUAGAAACAGACAAUAUAAGUACAUAUCAAACCUACCAGCAUACAAGAACAAGACUCACAACAACAGAUCUGGUGGACAAAGUGUUCUUAGUAGCUUAUGGCAUGUGGCCAUUUGCUGACAUUGGAAUGUGUGAAUGGUGGUGGCACAAUGAAGUGGCAUCAAAAUGCCUGUGGCCCAAUGAUGUGACAUUGAAAUGGCUGCAGGUUGAUGCUUUGACAUUGAAAUGGCUGCAGUCAAAUCUUGUUUAACUGAAAUGACCAAUAUGGAAAAAAGUAUUCUUCACUGGAGGUGAAUACGUUUGUAGUGAAAAAUUGUCAAACAACAUAUAAAUUGACAAGUUAUCUGAAUAUGUAUUCAGGUAUGUUUUAGAUGUUAUUGUUGAAAUGGGAAAGAGCAAUCAGCUCUCUGAAAUGGACAUAAUAAGCCUUGGAAGUCUGAGACAGCCUACUGGGACAAACAUGUAUAAUGUGAUCCGAGGCCAAAUGGAACCAGGCUACAAUCUUAAUCAAACACCAUUAUAGGGUUAAGUUCUGGAUGGCUGAAUUUCCCAAACAUAGUUACAUUUCACAGAAGUUUGGGACAUAAUAUCAUUGAUAGUCUGUAUAUGAGCCAAAUCAAUGAUUUUCUUGACAUACUGAUAUAUUAUACCUACUCCAAAGGCUAUGUAUGCAUGUAUACAUGUCAGUUGAAAAUUAGGUUGUAAAAUUCUAUUAUAUCAGUUAAGUGUAUUACAGGAACAACAGUUGUCAAUCUGUCUGUUCAGAACUUCAGAAUUGUGUCAUUUGUCAAAUUACAGUUUUAUUCAUUCUAUGAUUUAAUUUGUAUUUUUAAAAAAAUUAGUCAGUUUGUUUUAAGUAUAAAUGAUAUAUCAUUAGAAUUUAAAAUUCAAAAUAAUACUUUGAUAGAACAUUGAAUUGUAGAAAGUUUGGGUCAAGACGUGAACAGAAAAAAAUCACCCACAUUGUGAUCAGAUAUUGUAGAAUUCUAAACUCAAAAUUGAUAAUAAUUUUAAUUCAUAGUUGAAUUUUCUUACCUUUUUGAAAUUUCUAACAAGUUAAAAGCAAGCUUCGAUAAUUUUGUUUUAAGUAUUUAUAUAAACACAACACAUAAUUGCCUUGUAUGUCAAAAUCAAAUAUAUUUACAUGAAUUUGUUGUAUAUAUGCUUUAUUUAUUGUUUUCCCAGACUGUGAUAUUGAUUUGAAAUACUGUUCCAUUAUAUCAGAUGAACAUUUAUACAGCACUUGUUAGCAUGUCCUGCACUUCCCAGUAGAAACACGUAUAUUACGUUAUCCUGUACAUGUGAUAUGUAUUCAAGUUCUCACAAAAUACUGUGUUAUUGGUUAUCCUGGAUACAUAUAUUAUUAUGAUUGGGGAAAAAAGUUACAUAAUAACACAUGUAUCUUCAUUUCUUACAUUCAUUUAAGUAUUUUCAUUUUUUUGUUGAAGGGAAAUGGUAGUUGGGGAAACCUUGAUGGAAGAUGAUAUGUGUCAUGAUUAUCCUUUUCUGUUUAUUUAUGUCAAACAGAAGUCUUUUGAAUUAGAUUAAUCAGUAAUUAUACAUGAUAUACCCAUGACUUGAUGCAAAUUGUUUUAACUAGUUCCUUGAUGAAGUAUUUGUUUAAGAAUCUUACAUGAGAAGUAGACGACAAGGCAUUGGGCUUUUGACCAAGAUUCCUUUACACUUUUCAAGGAAUUACCAAGUUUCUUUAUUUUUGUCAAUUUUCUUUCUAACUGAAGCUGAAAGACCAGUUUGGUGAUAAACUGUUUUGAUAUUUAUGUCAUGAUAAAUUGAAAAAAAUUUAAUGUAACUGCCUCAUGCAUACACACUUUAACCAUCAACUGUGUUAAUAGUGUGUGGUAUGACUUGGUAUUUUACUUCUGUGAAGGUUACCACUGAACUGAACGGUCAGCAGCCUUGUUUGUGGUCCAGUCUGUAGGAUAGGUUUUCAUAUUAAGUGAUCCAUUAUCGGUGCUAUCAUUAAACACAUGGGCUUAUUAACAGCCUCAAACAUAGGCCCACUGAACAGGAAUCAGUUAAAUGUACUUGUCUUUAUUUGAAUUUUUGAAAUAUACAUAUAUAUAUUUUUUUCUUUAGUAUAGCUUGACUAGAAAUAUUUUGCUUUACAGUUUUAUCUAAGAAAUUGAAAUGGAGUAUUAGUUUUGUCUUAGGAAUGCCUGCUAUUUUUACCAGAUAAUUGGGUAAAACUCACAUAACUUGGGGUAAACAUUUUCAUAGGUAGGUUAUGGUAACUCUUUUUGAAGAAUACCUUAAAAAGAUUAGAGACCAUUACAGACAAUUUUUAUUUUAAAUUAGUGGCAAGGACUGUGUUUUAUGUUUAAAAGUUAAUUUGAUACCUAGUGUAGGGAUAGAUGUCCAAAGAAAACAUUCAUCUUGGUCAUACCAAUUACAAAUACAUCAUUAUUUUUUUGAAGUAAAAUGUAUUAGGAACAAUAUAUCUUUUACAAUAGGAUAAUAUGUCAUAUUAUUUUAUGUUCAUCCGUCCGAACAUGAAGUGCAUUUAUACACAAUGUUUUGUAUUAUAAUGAUGUAACUUUAGACGUAAAUAUCAUAUUACUAGAUACCUAUAUGGUGUACAACUCUCAUUGUAGAAAUUUAAACAUUCCUUUGAUAUCAGGGGAAAAUUGAUUAAGUAAAAAUGUCACAAAUAA